AUUACCACAUUCUCUCUAUAUCUCUCAUCUCCCUUAAAGCUUUUAGCUUCUCUUUCAAUGGCCAAAGGAAACUCACAUGGCGACUUUACCUCCAAGAGACACAAUAGUUUCCACUGGACAAGAAAAGUCGGAUCAGACGAAAACGACGACGUUUCUUCUCACAAACCUCUUCCUCUUAACACUAAACACACUUCUUCUUCUUCAUCUUCAUCUUCCUCUAAUGUGAUCACUCCCAAAAGAAAGCUUCAAUCUUUCGCCGUUUCUCGUCUCCGGUCAGUUAUCGCUACUCUAAGCAGAGCACGACCCGGUAACCACAACACCGGACUCGGGUCACGGGUCGUGGGUACACUUUUCGGAUCUCGUCGUGGUCACGUGCAUUUCUCAAUUCAGAAAGAUCCUAAUUCUCCACCGGCGUUUUUAAUCGAACUCGCUACUCCGAUUAGUGGGUUAGUUAAAGAAAUGGCUUCAGGACUCGUUAGAAUCGCUUUGGAGUGUGAUAAGAGUAAAGAGGAAGUAGAAGGAGAUGAAAAAAACGGAACUUUACGUCACGGCGGUGGAGACAAGACGAAGACGACGACGACGGCGGCGGUUUCACGGCGGUUGGUGGAAGAGCCGAUUUGGAGGACUUAUUGUAACGGGAAAAAGUGUGGAUUUGCGACGAGGCGAGAGUGUGGUGAGAAAGAGAAAAAGGUUUUGAAAGCUCUUGAGAUGGUUUCUAUGGGCGCUGGAGUUUUACCAGAGACGGAGGAGACAGACGGCGGCGGCGGCGGAGGAGGAGAUAUAAUGUAUAUGAGGGCGAAAUUUGAGAGGAUUGUUGGGUCGCGUGAUUCAGAAGCUUUCUAUAUGAUGAAUCCUGAUAGUAAUGGAGCUCCUGAGCUUAGUAUCUAUCUACUCAGAAUCUGAAGAAGACGAUGAUCGGAGAAGAACCAAAGCCUCUUCGUCAAAAGGAAGGCACCGAAGCCUGUAGAAUCAUAAUGAUUAAAGUCUUGAUUUUGUU